AGGUCCUAUAAGUGAAAGAAGAUGGGGUCUGGCUGCCUAAAAGUCACCAAGUACUUCCUCUUCCUCUUCAAUCUCCUGUUCCUUAUCCUGGGUGCUGUGAUUCUGGGUUUUGGAAUAUGGAUUCUGGCUGACAAAACCAGUUUCAUUGCGGUUCUACAGAUGUCAUCUCCCUCCCUGAAGACUGGUGCAUACAUCCUCAUCGGUGUUGGGGCUCUCACCAUGCUGAUGGGGUUCCUGGGUUGUCUUGGAGCAGUCAAUGAAAUCCGAUGUCUCUUGGGUCUGUACUUCACCUGCCUGAUGGUUAUCCUCAUAACUCAGGUUGCUGCUGGACUGGUCAUCUACUUCCAGAAAGAAAUGCUGAAAGAAGAGUUGUCCCACAUAGUUGAAAAUCUGAUUGAAACUUAUGACCCUUUGAAUGAUGAUGAGAGGAACUUACAAGAUGCAUGGGACUAUGUGCAAACACAGAUUGCCUGCUGUGGCUGGACUGGUGCAAAGGACUGGGAAAAUAAUGAGAUUCUUAUCAAUCGAAGUAUGACUGCGUAUCCCUGCUCCUGCUCCAACAGCUCCAAGGACUUUCAGGUAGAAAACGGUUUCUGUAACCUGGAUGUCCCUGUCAACAGCACUGCAACAUACGCUGACUGGCCUGUUCAUGAGCAGGGAUGCAUGGAUGGUGUAGAGAAAUGGUUGAAGGACAACCUUGGUGUCAUUCUUGGGGUCUGCACCGGUGUUGCUGUUAUAGAGCUGCUGGGGAUGAUACUGUCCAUUUCGCUUUGCAAGAACAUACACAGCGAAGACUACACCAAAGUGCCCAAGUCUUGAGCUGAUUGACUCCGGAGCUACGGCACCACAGAGAAAGGAGCAAACGGAACAUUCCUGCCUCAUACCCAGACUGUCCAACCAUUGACCAUUAUUCCUGUGACAUCCCAUUUCUGACACCACUCUGCUAAGAACUGUUAGAGCUGCGAUACAGCCUGAUCUUCUGGCAAUAGAGCCCUUGGGCCACCUGCAUCCUGCCUCUGGAUUAUUUCUACUUCAAGACGCAGAACUUAACUGUCUCGUAUCACAUGAGACA